CUUUCUAACCUUGUUUCGUUCUUUUCUUUUACUGUUCAAGGAUGGAGAAGGUAAUGAUUGGUUAGGAUUCAAGAGAUCCAUAGAGAGACCUGAAAGUGGGGAAAAGAGUAUAGACAUUAGUAGUGUAGUUAUGGACACCAAAGUUGCCUGCCUGUUGUUGAUCAUUUUGGGGGCCCUUACCGUGCAGGGUGCUGUCUCCGGAAACAAGAGGAUGAACCCCUUGCACGCCAGGCAGUAUGGCGAAGAGUGCAAGAACGAUUUGGAAGAGUUUUGCGUCCAGCAGAACAGGGACUGCCCACCUCAAUAUGAACCAUGCGACAAGUACUGCGAGGAGAACUAUAGUUGCUGCUGCAUGUCCUCUGGGUAUGGAUUCUUAGCGGGGAAUUAUUUAUUUUAUUUGUUAACUUGUCAAUACUUCAAUCCCGUAUUUACAUCUGUUGUUAUUGCUUGUUUUUUGUUUUUUACAAUAACUACAUUACACCGUUUUUGUGAUAAAAACUAGCGAUACAAACUGCGAGUUAAACAUACAAAAUUAGCAUAAAUAUGUUUCUAUCAGUAGAAGAUAGUUAAAAAUGUGACGUCAAAACUUAAAGUUAAAUUAAAAAUUUAUACACAAGGAUACAUAAACUAAAGCCACGUCCAGACUACGUCGGAGAGAUUUGAAAACCCAGCUUUAUUUCUACGGUCAGGCCUACCGUCCACACAAACCUUUCACGAAAACGGAGCUUUUCGAAAACAG